GAAAUCUGUCCAACUCAGAUGCGGAGAUAUGAUGAAAGCCGUUUCGUAUCUGGGAUGUUCAAAAAUACUCCAAGGGGCUUUUCACGAAUUCUACGCGCAAAAGAAAUUCGUGAAAAGAAGUUUGAGGGAAAAAAGUUAUUAGCAUCAUCACCAUCAUCUGCUAUUGCUAAACGGAAAUCAAAGCAACAUUCAUCGUCGUUACAAGGACAUUUUAGCAGUCGAAUUAAUGCCCAAAUGCGCUCCGAUAUUUUGAAAUCAAUAAAAGAAGAGAGCUCAACAAAAAUCAAAAAGAAGAGAUUUCUCGAAAAAUUCAAACAAAAACGAAAAGAAAAAGAAACAAAAUUGCUAAAAGAAUUAGAGGUUAAAGAUUUCGAUUCAUUCCAAGAUCAUGUAAAGUUUGGAGAAGUGGUUAAUGCGCCUCCAUCGAUCACUGCUAUUCCAAAACAACGAGGAUCUUCUAAAUUGAUAAAAAAUAAUCAAGCGUUCGACAACGACAAACUGCAUCAAAAAAAUAACAGAAAACAUAAAAACCCAGCAAUCAAACGUAUUCUUUCGGUAGAGCGAGAACGAGCUAUUGCACA